AUUUGUGACGAGGCCCCCUCAUUUUUAAACUCGUGUUUAUUUGGAAAAAUUGAAGAACAAAAUAAAUUCUAAAAAACACAGUAAAUACUUUAAUUAAGUGAAAUAUAAAACAAUAAAGUUAAAGAUUAAACAGUAAGGAACAGAAAAAGCGUUAUUCUGAAAGAUGUCGUGGUUAUUUGGAGUGAAAAAACAAAAUAUUCCUGAAAUGCCUCAAGAAGGUUCUGUAAAUACAGCAGGACAAGCUUCAAAUGAUCAACAGCUUACUAAAGCUGAAAAAAAAGCAAUGGAAGCAUAUCGUUUUGAUUCUAGCGCUUUAGAAAGGGCAGCAGAUGCAGCUCGAACAUUAGAAAGAUCAAGCAAUGCAAAAGAAGCACUUGAAUUAUCAAAAUUACAAGAAGUAACGAGACAACAAGAAUAUCAAGUUAAAGUUAAGGAAUAUGAAGCGGCAAUGGAACAAGCAAAAGUCGACCAAAGACGUAUUGAUCACGAAGAAAGAAGAAAAACAUUAGCGGAAGAGACAAAACAACAAGCUCAACGUGCACAAUAUCAAGAUCAAUUGGCUAGAAAACGUUAUGAGGAUCAACUUCAACAACAACAAAGAGCAAAUGAUGAUAAUCUUCGUAAGCAGGAAGACUCAGUUGCAAAGCAGGAAGCAAUGAGACGGUCCACAAUUGAGCAUGAAAUGGAAAUGCGUGAAAAAAAUAAGUUAAAGCUAUUGGAAGCUGAAAUGAGGGCAAGGGCAAAAGUUGAGAGAGAAAAUAGAGAUUUGACAUUAGAACAAAUACGUUUAAAGGCACAAGAAAGUCGGGUAACAUUAUUAGAAGGAAUUAAAACUGCCGGAACUGUAAUUGGAACUGGAUUUGAGGCUUUAUUGACUGAUUGGAGUAAAGUUAUGACUGCUGCGGGUGGUUUAUCAUUAUUAGCUUUAGGUAUUUAUACCGCGAAAGGCACUACAGGAGUUACAGCUCGUUAUAUCGAAGCUAGAAUAGGCAAACCAUCACUAAUUAACGAAACAUCUCGUUUUUCUAUAUUGGAAGCAUUUAAACAUCCAGUUCAGACUAUAAAAAGAUUCCAACGAAAACCACUCGAUGCUCUUCAAGGAGUUGUACUGAGACCAAAGCUCGAAGAAAGAUUGCGUGAUAUUGCAAUUGCUACAAAAAAUACAAAACAAAAUCAAGGAUUAUAUAGAAAUAUUUUAAUGCACGGACCACCGGGAACUGGAAAGACAAUGUUUGUUAAAAAAUUAGCACAGCAUUCAGGAAUGGAUUAUGCAAUAAUGACUGGAGGUGAUGUUCUUCCCACUGGACGUGAAGCAGUAACUGAAAUUCACAAAGUUUUCGAUUGGGCAACAACUUCUCGUCGAGGUCUUUUACUGUUUAUUGAUGAAGCCGAUGCAUUUUUGAGAAAGAGAUCAAGCGAAAGAAUUUCUGAGGAUUUACGGGCUGCUCUUAAUGCCUUCCUUUACAGAACUGGUGAACAAAAUCCCAAAUUUAUGCUUGUUCUUGCUAGUAAUACACCCGAACAAUUUGAUUAUGCCAUUAAUGAUCGGUUGGAUGAAAUGGUUGAAUUUUCAUUACCUGGACCUGAAGAACGAGAUCGUCUUAUGCGUCUUUACUUUGACAAAUAUGUUCUUCAACCAGCAGCAGAAGGAAAGAAACGUUUUAAGGUCGAACAGUGGGAUUACGGUACAGUCUGUAAUAAAAUGGCUAAAAUGUGUGAAGGUAUGUCAGGUCGUGAAAUAUCAAAAUUGGGUGUUUCAUGGCAAGCCGCUGUCUAUUCCUCGGAAAAUGGAAUUCUUACUGAAAAGAUGGUUCUUGAUAGAUGUGAAUCUGCUGUAUAUCAACAUAAACAAAAGAUGGCUUGGUUAUCAGAACAAGAGAAAUUGGAUCAUAAAACUAUUAGUGCACAAGGAAACUACGAUAAUAAUUAAAUUAUAGGAACUAAGGUAAUACUGCAUAUGUAGCAAUACAUUUGAAAAUGUACAUUUUUAAUAGAAAUCAAUCAAAGAAAUAUUUAUGAAUCUUAAUGUUUAAAAAAAAUGUGAUUAUAUUUUUUAAAUAUGAAAAAAGUGACAAAGAAUUUUGAUUGAUUCUAUCUGCUUUUGAUGAAUGAAUCGAGGACAUACAAUUUUCAUUAUGUUGUAUUCGAUUCGACAAGUCAAACGUCGUGUUCCUUUACUCAUUGCAAAUGAAAUCACAGAAAUCGUUUCUAAAUUUCUAAAAUUAUGGAAAUGUAAUAAAAACAUAAAUAAGGAACUUUUAUCAUUUUAUAUAAAAAUAAUUAGAUUUGUUUCUUAAGAAUUAAAAAAAAAAUAGUA